GAGUUUUGAGUCAAUCAUUUUAAAAUUGAAAUCAUUCGGUAUAAAAAAGUUCUGGUUUCAAAAUUUGUGUUCAGCUAAAAUGAAAGACAAUAUUGACGUGCUGGUCUUUGGUUCAUCAAAUAUCGACUACAUUACAUAUGUCAAUGAGUUGCCUAAACCGGGAGAAACAGUACUGGCGAUGCACAGAGAGCGUUGUUUUGGUGGCAAAGGCGCCAAUCAAUGUGUGGCAGCUUCUAAACUAGGCGCCAAUUGUGCGUUGAUAACGAAAUUGGGCACCGAUGCUCUGGGCGAAGACUACUUGGAGUAUUUGAAGACGUUAGAGAUCAAUCUUGACUUUGUGGAAAGGGUGGAGAGCAUGCCCACCGGCUUGGCCGAAAUUAUUGUGUCCGACAAUGCAGAGAACACAAUUAUCGUGCUGCCCGGUGCGAAUUCGAUGCUUCGGCCCAAGGAUGUCUCUCGCUGUAAAAAACUGUUCAAGAACGCCAAGGUUCUGAUGUGCCAACUGGAGACGGAGCAGAAGGCCGUACUGUUUGCACUGCAACAAUUUAAGGGGAUAUCCAUAUUGAAUGCGUCUCCCAUGCCCAAGAACAUCAACGUGGAACUGAUCACAACACCCACAAUUCUAUGCAUCAAUGAGAUGGAAGCUGCUCAGCUAACCGAACGCGAGCAGGUUAACACGUUGCAGGAUGCUAAAGCAGCCGCCAAUGAAAUAAUCGACAAGGGUGCCAAGAGUGUCAUAAUUACAAUGGGAGCACUGGGCGCGGUUUUUUUGUCGAGCACGGAACGAGAUGUGUGCAUCCACUGCCCGGCCGCACCUGUACGCUUCCUGGCCGACACUUCGGGUGCUGGUGAUGCCUUUCUCGGCAGCCUAGCCUACCACAUCGCGAUCUUUCCCAACCUCCACCGGGAGAGUCAUAUCAGUGCGGCCAACAUCUGUGCCGCGUACGCUGUUGGCCAUCGCGGCACUCAGCUUAGUUUUCCGGGACCGGAAUAUGCUCAGAAUGAUCUAUGUCGAUUUGUGCCUACGUGCACUGUGAUCGCGGAUGAAUCCACCAAACCCACUGAGCCAGAGACGACACCAGCUCCAACAAAAACAGAAACACUCCUACCACCGGUGGUGGAGCCAGAACCCAAGACAACUGCCACAACUGAAGCCCCAGAGCAAAAGGACACCGAACCACAACCAAUAUCUGCAUAAAUCUAGUUUCGACUACAUUUAAAUCAUUUUAAUGAACAUAACGAAAAAUGUAAAUAAAUCUAGGUUUUAAACGACUUUUAAAUAAAUGAAAUCGAAGAUCUGGUGAAUUUCGAAUUC